AUACAUACUGAUACAAUUUUAAUGAAGGGGGAAGCGGCCAGUCCGAGUGCUGCCAUACAACACACAGAGUGGGAAAGUCUGGUGGUGGUGGUGCGAUUCGAACACGUCCGCCGGGGUAACAAUUUGGUAACGUUGCCACGGGGCCACCACCACCCAAGAACGAUUUUGUCGCACUACUUUCGUUUAUCACGUGCACCUGUUCUUCUAGGAUUCCCAAACGCUGGCAAAUCAAGUUUAUUGAAGGCGCUAUCCAGCGUCCAGGUGAAAAUUGCCAGCUACCCGUUCACAACUAUCCAACCACAGGUCGCCCAUUGUAAAUAUUUUGAUGGCCGGAUGAUCAGUUUGGCUGAUUUGCCAGGUGACUUGACUUCCAAGGGCGAUUGCUGUGUGUGGAACGGAGACCAAGGUGCUGUGCAUUCAGGUUUUCAGCUGUCCAUUGCGUCGAAAGUGCCAUUUUGCUCCAGGAGGCGGUGCAAGACAACUUUCUUCAGGUCAUUUGAUUUAAGCAGUAAACGUCUAAAUCAAUACAAUCAUCGCCGCUGUAUGAGUGUGCGCAGCCGUGUGAGACGAAAACACCAGUUUCUGAUUGCCUCAUUUGGGACAUGA